AUGACUGUUUCGCGCAGCUAUUCUCCUAAUGGUAUUAUUCGGCCUAAUCCAGACUAUGACCUCUGUUGCGGAUUGUUUCAUUCUACGGUUGGUAAUAAUAUUUGUCGUUGUUUCCUUUUUAUCUCAUUCGUGGAAAAAAAGUUUUUAAAAAAAUGUGGUAAAAACUUUUAAAAAAACUAUAAAUAAAUUGAUUUUUAGCACGAUCCGAUUUUUUUUGUAUUUUUAAACGAACUUCAUUUUUUUAAGCUUCUCGAAGUAGUUAGAAAAUAAACAGGACCCUUUGAUGAGUCAUUUUUUUAAUGGUUACGAAAUUUUUAACCAAUAAUUUCUUCGAACUUGUUAUAUGUAUGGAAAGUGAACCCUGAAAUAUUUCCAAAUGAGUAUGAACAAGUUAACAAUAUAUUUUCGAAAAUAGUUAAACUGACAGAAAAAAAUUGGAAGGCUUCAAAAUUGCAAAAAAAUUGAAAAAAAUUUUUGAGAAAAAAACGUAUUUCUAACUCAGUUCUAAAUUUACUCAUUUUAGUCGGCCGCAAAGUUUUUCUCGAUAGCCUUUUUUGCGUCUUGUCUCUUGAUCUCAGGUGUCAACUUCAUGUGGUUUGGAGCCGACAAAGGAUGGUGAGACACUGCUUGAAAACCCAUUUCCAAUGGGUUUUCACUAUUAUUUCAGGAUAUCCCUCUUCUGCCUUUUCUUCACAAUUUACAGCAGUAUUCUGGUAUACGGCGUAUUUCUAGAGAAGCCAUUAUGUCUCCUUCCUUGUUUGGUUAUUCAGGUACUCAAAAAUGACAUGAGAAUUUCCCUCUAUUUCUAUUUCAGGGCAUUUUCACUGUUUUCAACUUCCUUUUCAUCAUUUUUCUUUCUUUGUACGGAGCAUUUUCUGACGUCAUCAAAGAGCACCAUGCAGCCAAUGAACCAUUGAGGGACCUGUACAAAAUGCACUCUUUGGAUCCGGAUAAUGACAAAAGUAGGUGACUUCUCGAACUGAUGAUGGAAAUAGCGCUUUUAUUGAAAAUGAUACUGAUGUACUACCGGCUAGGAUGGAAAGAAAAGCUAUAGAGACAUUUGAAUUUUCGUUUUUCGAUUUAGUUUGUGUCUUGUGAAAGAUGACUCUCAUAUUGUCCCAAGCUUUAAGUGAAUGAACUAACGAAUUUUUUUUUAAUAGAUUGUUAUUACUUCAAAUGGAGAAGUUUCAGCUCAAACAAUCGUCUCGAGCGCAUUCCUUUUCUCCUUAAUAGCUAUUUUUUUCAUCUCUACUUUUUCUUGGUACGCCAUCUUCAGAGCAAUGCAAUGCUACAAGGUUUAAAAAAUACUUUCUCAACCGUUAUUUGGAAAUUAUUCAGGAAAAUCAACGAACCUACUUGCCUGGAUACCAACCUGACAUUGUGGCUACCAAUAACAGCGACUACGAUAUUUGA